UAGGGGUUUUUUUUUUUUUUUGAGUAGCAACAACCAGUUGGUAAAUAACAACACCAUAUUAAUUUCUCAUAGACUCGUAAUUCCAUGUUUUAUUGAAGAUCUUUGAGACCUAUUCUCUAAGGAAAAAUAUGGGGACUUAUUUGAUCACUCUAGUUGGCUUCUUGUUUGUGUUUUUUUCUUAUGGAGCUGCUUAUGAUCCAUUGGAUCCCAAUGGGAAUAUCACCAUUAAAUGGGAUGUAAUGUCUUGGACUCCUGAUGGCUAUGUUGCUGUUGUAACGAUAAACAAUUUCCAAAUGUACCGGCAUAUCAUGACCCCUGGCUGGACAUUGGGAUGGACAUGGGCAAAGAAAGAAGUGAUUUGGACUAUGGUAGGUGCACAAACCACAGAACAAGGUGAUUGCUCCAAGUUCAAAGGCAAUGUUCCACAUUGUUGCAAGAAGACUCCCACUACUGUAGAUAUGCUCCCAGGGGUUCCUUACAACCAACAAUUCACCAAUUGCUGCAAAGGUGGAGUUUUGGCUUCAUGGGGCCAAGAUCCGCAAGCUUCUGUCUCAGCUUUUCAAGUUAGUGUUGGCCAAGCUGGUACUUCAAACAAGACAGUUAAACUUCCCAAGAACUUCACUUUGCUUGGCCCUGGACCUGGCUACACUUGUGGCCCUGCAAAAAUUGUCCCUUCUACCAAAUUCUUCACACCUGAUCUUAGAAGGAAAACUCAGGCUCUGAUGACAUGGAAUGUGACAUGCACAUACUCCCAGUUUAUAGCCCAAAAACACCCAACUUGCUGUGUCUCCCUCUCAACUUUCUACAAUGAAACCAUCACUCCUUGUCCUUCUUGUGCUUGCGGUUGUGAGAAUAAACACAAAUGCAUCAAGAGUGACUCUAAACUACUGAGUGUGGUGGGAAUAAACACUCCAAGGAAAGACAAUUCACCAUUACUACAAUGCACACACCAUAUGUGCCCUGUUAGAGUGCAUUGGCAUGUAAAGCUCAACUACAAGGACUAUUGGAGAGUCAAGAUUACUAUUACCAACUUCAAUUACAGGGUCAAUCACACACAGUGGACUCUUGUUGCUCAACAUCCAAAUCUUAACAAUGUUACACAAGUUUUUAGCUUCGAUUACAAGCCUCUCGUUCCAUAUCAAUCAAUAAAUGACACAGGAAUGUUCUACGGUAUGAAGUUCUAUAAUGACCUACUUAUGGAAGCAGGGCCAUCUGGAAAUGUUCAAUCAGAAGUGCUUCUGCAGAAGGACAAAGAUACAUUUACAUUUAAGCAAGGAUGGGCAUUUCCAAGAAAAGUAUACUUUAAUGGUGAUGAAUGCAUGUUACCACCACCAGAUACUUAUCCCUACUUACCCAACCUUGCUCACCAAAACCUGGUUGCCUUUUCUACAUUGUUUUGUUCUCUGAUUUUGCUUUUACUUGUUCUGUUUUAAUCAUUUCUCUAGUUUGUGAAUAACUAAACAUUUUUGAAGCCAUGCAACUAUUGCAUCAUGUAUUGGUAGCACAGGUACAUGAAAAAUCUUUGAUAGAACAUAAUGUCUUGAUCAUGUGUUACUGCAUUAUAGGGAAUUUGAGCAUGUUGGUUCAUGACUCUGUGAA